AUGUCUGCCCUCCGCUCCAUCCUCGACAUUCAUUGGCAAGACUGUGUCUCCAACCUGUUGGAUCGCGUGGAGUCUACUAGCAUUGAGUCCCUGAUCAUCAGAGCCCAGAUGCGGCUCACUGGGGAGACCUGUGUCCACUGUGACUCUGGGGAGACCUCUGUCAGCAGUGACUCUGGGGAGACCUCUGUCCACUGUGACUCUGGGGAGACAUUUGUCAGUAGUGAUUCUGGGGAGACCUGUGUCCACUGUGACUCUGGGGAGACCUCUGUCAGCAGUGACUCUGGGGAGACAUUUGUCAGCAGUGACUCUGGGGAGACCUGUGUCCACUGUGACUCUGGGGAGACCUCUGUCAGCAGUGACUCUGGGGAGACAUUUGUCAGUAGUGAUUCUGGGGAGACCUGUGUCCACUGUGACUCUGCGGAGACCUCUGUCCACUGUGACUCGGGGGAGACCUCUGUCCACUGUGACUCUGGGGAGACAUUUGUCAGCAGUGACUCUGGGGAGACCUCUGUCCACUGUGACUCUGGGGAGACCUCUGGCCGCAGUGACUCGGAUGAGCCACCUGUCAGCCGUGACUCUGGGAAGCCCUCUGUCCACUGUGACUCGGGGGAGACCUCUGUCCACUGUGACUCUGGGAAGCCCUCUGUCAGCAGUGAAUCUGGGGAGACCUUUGUCAGCAGUGACUCGGAUGAGCCACCUGUCAGCCGUGACUCUGGGGAGACAUUUACCAGCAGUGACUCUGGGAAGCCCUCUGUCCACUGUGACUCUGGGGAGACAUUUGUCCACUGUGACUCGGGGGAGACCUCUGUCCACUGUGACUCUGGGGAGACAUUUGUCAGCAGUGACUCUGGGGAGACCUCUGUCCACUGUGACUCUGGGGAGACAUUUGUCCACUGUGACUCUGGGGAGACCUCUGGCCGCAGUGACUCGGAUGAGCCACCUGUCAGCCGUGACUCUGUGAAGCCCUCUGUCCACUGUGACUCUGGGGAGACAUUUGUCCACUGUGACUCUGGGGAGACCUCUGUCAGCAGUGACUCUGGGAAGCCCUCUGUCCACUGUGACUCUGGGGAGACAUUUGUCCACUGUGACUCUGGGGAGACCUCUGUCAGCAGUGACUCUGGGAAGCCCUCUGUCCACUGUGACUCUGGGGAGACCUCUGUCAGCAGUGACUCUGGGAAGCCCUCUGUCCACUGUGACUCGGGGGAGACCUCUGUCCACUGUGACUCUGGGAAGCCCUCUGUCCACUGUGACUCUGGGGAGACCUCUGUCCACUGUGACUCGGGGGAGACCUCUGUCCACUGUGACUCUGGGAAGCCCUCUGUCCACUGCGACUCUGGGGAGACCUCUGGCCGCAGUGACUCGGAUGAGCCACCUGUCAGCCGUGACUCUGGGAAGCCCUCUGUCCACUGUGACUCUGGGGAGACCUUUGUCAGCAGUGAAUCUGGGGAGACCUUUGUCAGCAGUGAAUCUGGGGAGCCACCUGUCAGCCGUGACUCUGGGGAGACAUUUACCAGCAGUGACUCUGGGAAGCCCUCUGUCCACUGUGACUCUGGGGAGACAUUUGUCAGCAGUGACUCUGGGGAGACCUCUGUCCACUGUGACUCUGGGGAGACAUUUGUCAGCAGUGACUCUGGGGAGACCUCUGUCCACUGUGACUCUGGGGAGACAUUUGUCCACUGUGACUCUGGGGAGACCUCUGACCGCAGUGACUCGGAUGAGCCACCUGUCAGCCAUGACUCUGGGAAGCCCUCUGUCCACUGUGACUCUGGGGAGACCUCUGUCAGCAGUGACUCUGGGAAGCCCUCUGUCCACUGUGACUCUGGGAAGCCCUCUGUCCACUGUGACUCUGGGGAGACCUCUGUCAGCAGUGACUCUGGGAAGCCCUCUGUCCACUGUGACUCGGGGGAGACCUCUGUCCACUGUGACUCUGGGAAGCCCUCUGUCCACUGUGACUCUGGGGAGACCUCUGUCCACUGUGACUCGGGGGAGACCUCUGUCCACUGUGACUCUGGGAAGCCCUCUGUCCACUGUGACUCUGGGGAGACCUCUGUCCACUGUGACUCGGGGGAGACCUCUGUCCACUGUGACUCUGGAAAGCCCUCUGUCCACUGUGACUCUGGGGAGACCUUUGUCAGCAGUGACUCAGAUGAGCCACCUGUCAGCCGUGACUCUGGGAAGCCCUCUGUCCACUGUGACUCUGGGGAGACAUUUGUCAGUAGUGACUCUGGGGAGACAUUUGUUAGUAGUGACUCUGGGAAGACCUCUGUCCACUGUGACUCUGGGAAGCCCUCUGUCCACUGUGACUCUGGGGAGACCUUUGUUAGCAGUGACUCUGGGGAGACCUCUGUCCACUGUGAUUCUGGGAAGCCCUCUGUCCACUGUGACUCUGGGGAGACCUCUGUCCACUGUGACUCUGGAAAGCCCUCUGUCCACUGUGACUCUGGGGAGACCUUUGUCAGCAGUGACUCUGGGGAGACCUUUGUCAGCAGUGAAUCUGGGGACACCUUUGUCAGCAGUGAUUCGGAUGAGCGACCUGUCAGCCAUGACUCUGGGAAGCCCUCUGUCCACUGUGACUCUGGGGAGACAUUUGUCAGUAGUGACUCUGGGGAGACAUUUGUUAGUAGUGACUCUGUGAAGACCUCUGUCCACUGUGACUCGGGGGAGACCUCUGUCCACUGUGAUUCUGGGGAGACAUUUGUCAGCAGUGACUCUGGGGAGACCUCUGUCAGCCGUGACUCUGGGGAGCCCUCUGUCCACUGUGACUCUGAGAAGCCCUCUGUCCACUGUGACUCUGGGAAGCCACCAGUCAGCCAUGACUCUGGGAAGCCACCAGUCAGCAGUCUCUGGGAAGAGAUCUCUUUCUCUGCAGGAAGAUCUCUGUCAGUUCUGUAG